AUGACCUCGAAGGACAAGAUCAAGUGCAUGCAUCGCCACAUCCCGGAACAUCGCAACAUUCGUCAACUGUGGGGCUGCAUCGUGAACGCCGCGGGGGAGCUCCAAGCUCCUGUACAGUCAACUCGCUCAACGCCGUCCAGCCCCUAUAUGCAGAAGAAGAAGCGAAUGAGGUCGAUGACGAAGACACUCACCAUUCACCAUGCGUUUCACGAAGAUCAAGUCUCCGCUGUGGAGAUCGACUCGAUUGUGCCCGAUGACAUGUCGACGGAAGAAUUGGCGCCAUCCGGGACGGGCUCACCGGCGACUUCUGGGGCAGCGAUAUCGUCUGAUGUUGCGGGGGCAGAAGCGGUUAAGGAAGCGGUGGCGAAGCGUGGACGUCGCCUGGGAAGAAUGGCGAAGCAAUUGACGUAG